CUCAAGCUAGGAUUUUCAACCGUAGACAAAACUGGCCAAUCAAAAUCCCCUGCCGCGAUCGAAGCCCUCUUGGACCAAAUGAACUCAGCCAGAGUCGUUCUGAGUCAACAUCGUCAAAAGCUGCUCUCGAACUUACACGAAAAGGCUCUGCUAAAAACUCGCGACCAACAGCUUGAAAAGCGGUACAAAAUCAAGAUCCGUCGGGAAAACCUCAACUAUCUGCAGGUGGAGGUUAGUCUAAAGGGGGAGAAAAUAGACGAAAUAAUCAAACAGGUGGCUGUGGCUAAGUCCCAGUACGAGAGUGACUUAUCGAAGGUGGUGCAUGUUCGGGAAAAGUGGUGUGCGAUUCAAAAUGAGCUCCACACAAAGUCGGAAGUUUUGAACGAGGUUCGUGGAGCGAACGAGGAGCAUCUGGAGUAUUUGUGUGAGUUGUGGCAGAGGAAGAAGCAGCUCAGGAAGGAGAAUUCCGAACUGGAGAAGGAAUGUAGACUCAUCGAUAAUAAGCCGCUGCUGAGGAAGUACGAUCGGGUGGUGGAGGAGAUCGAACAAAUCAACAACUGCAAGAAAAAAUUUGAAGAAUUGUAAAGAAAUGCCAAC